AUGGCCGCAAUCACCGAACGCUUCCAAGGCUUACGCCGUCCAGGCGCCUCACUUCUCAAAAAGACCCUCCCCUCGCGACCAGACGAGCCAGUCCUCGCGCGCAAAGCUGUUCCUCCGCCAAAAGUUGUUGUUGAGCAGCCUGUGGCCGUUAUUUCGCCAACGGCUUCGAGCACCGCCAGUACAACCCCCGUACAGCCACAAGCACAACUCAAGGGUCUCCCACCGACCCCAUCUCCUUCAUAUCCUGUGCCAACCUCAUCCUUGCCGCCUACUCCGUCUGCAUCCUCGGUGUCGUCACCUGCUUCUGUCGCGACGACGAUUCCUGCGCCUUCACCACAAUUCCAACCACAGUCGCAACCGCAGUUUCAGUCGCAGUCGCAAUUCCAGCAGUCGCAGCCUCAAUCCCCUCCAGCGCAACCACAAACACAACAAACACGUCCGCCACGAACGACAUCUCUCAACAGUCCCCAGAACAACCCCUACCAAGACCGCCGCCCGCCUCAACACCGCCAAAUCACCAACCUACAGCCCAACCAACCCCGACCCAACCUCAGCCCUAAUGGAUCUUCAGCUCAAUCAAAACGACCCAUUAGCGAAGCCCCCUCAAUUUCCCAAUUCAUUCCAGACCCCGAACCAGAGCCCGAACUACCCGACUCAGAGCAAGAACCAGACCUGAUCCUCGACAACCAGUCCAGCAACUCCAGCGGCAAAACGCCAUCCACAAACAGCAGUGACACCAGCAUCAUCUCCCCCGGCCUAAAGCAGUUCCCGGAUGGCUACAUCCCACCUAUCCCCGAACCCAUGGUCAUUCCGCCACUGACGAACGUGCAUUUCGGCUGUUUCCACUCCCAUGCCUCGAUGCCCGCGACGAGUAAUGUCUGGUAUGCGACGGCGUGUAUGACGUGCAAGAAAGUGGACCAGGAGGUCAGGCAUCGAUGCACGUUUUGCUGCAUGCGUAUUUGUGCGGCUUGUUUUGAGGGGUUGAGAAAGUGCAAGAAUAGGGAUUUGAGGGAGUUGAUGGGCAAUUUGUCUUGA